AUGCCGUGGAAGCCUGUUCCUGCAGGCACCAAUGGAGGAAUCAGCAUUUUGGGUCUUUUCGCGGCGAUUCUAGCAGGCUUCUCCAUGACCAUUCUGUACUUCUUUCUUCAGCUUCCUUCCUCCAUGAUGUCUCUGAGCGAGAUUCUUGCCAUGUGUCUGUUCUCCAGCAUCCUUGGAACGUUCGUUGAUUCUUUUUUGGGAAGUAUUUUGGAAGAAUCCUGGUGGUGCUCCAGCAAGAAGCGCGUUCUGUCAAGCUUCUCGAGCAAGGAUAGCUGUUGUCGUGUCGCUUUAAAGGACGGAAAGCGAGUGGCUGGACAUGUUCCUGAUCAUUGUGGGUUGGUGUGUGGACACGCGGUUUGCAGCGGGAAUGAGGUCAACUUGCUGAGUUCGUCGAUCAUCUCGCUCUGUGUGUUCUUUUACAAGGGUUCUAUAGUUUGGGGUUUCGCUGUUUGUGAAAUACACGAUUGUUUUAUCGGUUCAUUUCUCAAUCAUGAGGAAGCGGUCGUCUAG